AGCUAAAAGCCUAAAAGGUACUUCCUCCUCCCUCUUUCCUCCCUUUGUUUCCACACCCCCACAACCCCCAAAAAAAGUUCUUGAUUCGAGGGUCCGAGGACGAACGGAUUUCUGAUUCUUGCUUCUUUAUUUUGAUCUGUGAAGGGAUCGGAGGGCGGCGUGCUGGGAUCUCGCACCAUGGGCGAGCAGUUCUCUGGUAGCGCUGAAAAUUUGGUUAUGGAGGAGGCAACAAAAGGGUUGAACCCAGGCCUGGUGGUCUUGCUUGUGAUUGGUGGUCUGGUGCUGUUUUUCCUUGUCGGAAACUAUGCUCUGUACAUGUAUGCACAAAAGACCCUUCCAAUGAAGAAAAAGAAGCCUGUCUCCAAAAAGAAGAUGAAGAGGGAAAGACUUAAGCAAGGGGUGUCCGCUCCAGGAGAGUAAAAAGCAGUGCCUUAAAAAAAGAGAAAUCUUGAUCGUUGAUUCUCACUUUAGUUGUAUGUUCAGAUACUUCAAAAUUUUACCUCUCGGGUCUAGUUAUAUGUUAAGCUCGGAAACCCUGAAAGUUUACCAUUUCAUGUGGCAUUAACUAUGCUUUAUUGGAAAUCAAGGUAGAUUGGAGUUACCGAACAAUUUGGCUAGUACUUGUUUGAAUGCUAUUACUAUGUGCUUGAUGAACUGCCA